AUGGCCGCGGCGUGCGCGCGGGCCGGGCUGCGCGGGGCGCCGCUGGCCGCCGUGCGCCUCGUCAGCGCCAAGACGGGCUUUGGCGUGGAGGGGCUGGUGAGCGCGCUGCAGCGCUCGUGGCGCGCCGCCGGCGACGUCUACCUGCUGGGCGCCGCCAACGCCGGCAAGUCGGCGCUCUUCAACGCGCUGCUGCGCUCCGACUACUGCAAGUCGCGCGCGCCCGACGUCGUGCACUGCGCCACCGUGUCGCCAUGGCCAGGAACAACGCUGGGCCUGCUAAAAUUCCCCAUCAUCAACCCUACGUGCGACAGAAUCUUCCGCAGACAGGAGCGUCUGAGGGCAGAGGCAGAAAAAACAGAGGAGCAGCUGAGUGAUGAAGAGCACAAGUACCUGAACCGCCUCAAAAAGGAAGGCUACCUGGUGGGGAGAGUUGGAAGAACCUUUCAGCGGUCGAAGCCCACACCCGUCAUUGACUUCGAUCCUGACCUGCUUUCGUACAGCGUGGAUGAAGACCCUGGCCAUUCCCCGCGGAAGCCGGUGGAAAAGGAGGAAUUCUCGUACAACGAAGUGAAGGAUGCCCGCUGGUGCUUCGACACYCCAGGGAUCAUGAGGGAAAAUUGCCUUUUGAAUUUUCUGACAGACAAGGAAGUAAAGCUGGUUUUGCCCAUGCGGGCCAUCGUUCCACGGACCUUCAUCCUCAAGCCAGAAAUGGUCCUGUUCCUGGCAGCCUUGGCACGUAUAGACUACUUAGAGGGAGAAAAAUCCGCCUGGUUUACCGUCAUGGCCUCGAACCUGUUGCCCGUGCACGUGACCACGCUGAGCCAAGCAGAUGCCGUGUACGAGAAGUACGCGGGCAAGGAGCUGAUGAAGGUCCCCAUGGGCGGGGAGGAGCGGAUGAAGGAGUUCCCCCGGCUUGUGCCCCAGGACAUCACACUGGAAGGGAUCGGUGCAACCGAGGCCGUCGCUGACAUCAAGCUCUCCUCCGCAGGUUGGGUGGCCGUGACGGCCCACGCGCAGCAGAAGCUGCUGCUGAGAGCCCACAUGCCCGAGGGUGCUGCGCUGUCCCUGCGGCAGCCGCCCCUCUUGCCCCACAUCCCCAACAUCAGAGGUGCCCGCAUCCCAGGCACUGCUGCCUACAGGACCAAGAAGCCGCCUUCCCUGGUGGAAAACCUGAAAGCCUCAGGGAACAGAUAGGAACGGGAGCCCGGAGAAGCGGGUGAAAGAGCCUCUGGAGAACCUGGUUGGUGGUGGAUGCUCAGGAAAGCUCUGAGGCCUUCCGAAACACGAGCACCUUGUGGAGAGCAGGCCGGACCCCGCAAGGCCAGGUCUAACUGCUGAACUGUAGCUACCUCGGAUGCGCCAAACAGUUGGUGCCUUGUAGGAGGUGAAAUGUGGCUUCUUGCUGGCAGCAGCAGUGCCAAAGGGUUGCCCUUUUCCCCUCCUCCUCCUCCUGGAAAAGCAGGAUGGAAAUUUUGUUGCCUGCCCCGGCACGUAGAGCAGGGCCUUGCACAUCUGCUGCUGCGGUUAGAAACGGUCUCACCCGGCCCGGCCUCCUGGCUGUCAGCAGCGCCACCAUUUCCRUGUGUCACAGACUGACCUGAGCUCGGCUCCUUCCAGACCUCCAGCGCCUGGGGAGAAUGCGGCGCCGCUCUGG